GUGUCUAGCUUUUCGAGUGUAAUAAAUUAGCUAGAAUAGAUUGGCCGUUGAAUGCCUCUCUGUAGGUCGAUGUUGUGCGCGAGUAUGUGAGAAAGUGUGUGCUUGUUUGGUGGUCCGGUUGGACACCGCAGUGUUUUACAUAUUUUGUGAGUGCCAACGAUAGGGUUGAACGCCAGUGCACUGACGGGUGGUUGGGAUGAGAGUGUGUUUUGAAUGUAUUAAAAACAUGCGGGCACAAUUUCGGUGGAAAACAGUACAGUACUGAUUGAGAUAAUAAAUUUGAAUGCAUGCUUUUCGCGUUUGCUCAGUUUAUUUCGGUCAAAGCACCAUAUCUGUACGAUGUACUUAUGGGAAUAGUUUUGCAUAAGUUUUACCGCUAAUACCACUGGAGUUACCGCACUGUUUGCGAAGGGAUUUUACACAGCAGCGAUCGACCAGCAUACGGCAGCAGCAAGUACGUACAAAGUGGUCCCGAGCUCGUUCAUCAUUUUUGGAGUACACUGCGGUUUGCCCUUCGGUGGCCAUCAUUAUACGCUGCUGACGGAGUGAAAUUUUAUCCAGUGCAGACUGAGGUUCUGAAUAAAAAAUAAAAUGGAUUCAGACCUCGGGAACGGUUGGUACGAUCUAACGCCGCCUGGCGGCGUUGAUUGAUCCUGGCAGUAUGGAGCACCAGUGUGUGGAGGAACGUGUCUUAGAAUGGUUGCACUACAUCUACAGCAACGAUUCCGCCAGGGCUAUCGUGCUGAACGCCGCCGAGUUUAAACAACGGUUACUCUACAUCCUCGCGACCCGAUUCAACAUGGACGAAACCGGAGCCAGUUACUAUCUGCAUGCGUUCGAGUAUCAGAACAUAACCGAGCACAACAUCACCGAGGAGCAUGUGAACGACUUCCUGCGAAGGGUGUUCCAAUCCCUGAACUUCCUAAACCGUACGAUUCCGGACCAUGCCGACGUGGACGAGGUGGAAGCGACCAACUGUAGCGAUUAUUGUAAAGGGGCCGUUCGGGAAAUACUGCUCGAGUACAAAUUGCUACAUGGCUACAUUUCACUUGUGAUAUGUUUCUUUGGCACAAUAGCCAAUAUACUCAACAUUGUAGUGCUGACUAGGAAGGAUAUGACCAAAGUGCCGAUUAAUCGUAUUCUAAAAUGGCUUUCCGUGACAGACAUGUUUGUAAUGCUCGAGUACAUCCCGUUCGCAUUUUAUAUGUAUCUUAUUCUUCCAGAUCGUCGAGACUAUCCAUAUUCUUGGGCCGUUUAUCUAAUGUUUCACAUGCAUUUUACUCAAAUAUUACAUACGAUCUCAAUACUGUUAACAGUUACGCUAGCAAUUUGGAGAUACAUUGCAAUCAAGCAUCCACACGGUUCGCUCGCUAUUUAUGCUCAAUCAAACUACGGGCAGGCUAUAGCAUUGUGCUACAUCUUGGCGCCAAUCCUGUGCUUUCCGACGUACUUUGUCUUUACAAUACGACAGACAUUCGUUUUCGACGGCGACACCCAGAUGAUACUGUUCCAUUUGGAUACGGAUGAAAAUACAAUUGUCUAUCGAUACAAUUUCUGGAUCCAUUCGGUAAUUAUCAAGCUGCUUCCAUGCACCAUCCUAACCGUCAUCAGCUGCGUACUUAUACAGGUACUUUGGAAGGCAAGCAAACGGCGCUUGAAAUUGAAGCAAGGGGGAAAUUAUUCGAAAAAUGGAGCUUCCUCCGUCACGCCACAAAGUGGAGGUGGAAGCAGUGGAGUUUUACCUCCGAUUAGCAAUGGAAAUCGCCCCCCGCGAACGGAUCGUCGGGCAGAUCGCACAACCACUCUGUUAGUGGCGGUGCUACUGCUUUUUCUCUUCACCGAAUUUCCCCAGGGCAUUCUGGGGCUAAUGAGUGGUAUACUGGAAAAGUGUUUCUUCCGCCGCUGCUACGGCCUUUUCGGCGAGGUGAUGGACCUGCUCGCCUUAAUCAAUGCUGCCAUCGGAUUCGUGCUGUACGGGCUUAUGUCGAAACAGUUCCGGACGAGCUUCAAGUCGGUUUUUUUCAAAACUCCAACCCAUAGGGCCGAGAUUACACGCAUGACCGGCAUCACAACCACCUGUGUCUGAUCGUGUCACACCCGCCCCAUGCACUUUCCCUUCCGUAAUGUUCCCACCAAGCUUGAGUGAUCGAUGGGUUGCCAAGCACCUUCACCUUUCUGUCAUAGUUGCCCUUUGUAGGGCCAGAGCUUUCGUGACACUUCUGUACAGCUGGACGGUGCAAAGGUUAUCGCUAGGUUCAAUUGCUAAACGAAUUUUGUAGGUUAGGUCUGCGGAAAAUUACCAUCCUACAAGUAACGAAGUGCACAAUGCAGUAUUUGCAACACAAGCGACUGCUGCAAUAAUAGCCGAUUGCAGUAUUCAUAGACGUAGAAUACCUAGAAAAUGAACCUGUUGUAGAGCUAUUUUUACUGCUAAAUGGGCUAGACGAAAAAAAAUCAGCAUAAAGUAACCAUGGUUGCUAUUUACUAGCCAUGGGUUGGAGUUGUGAUUUUAUCAAAAACCAAAACACAAAACGAACAAGAAAAUACGACUAAGGUGUAUAUAAUACUCGUUAAAUUGAACACAGGGCUUCCCCCUGUUGGUAAGAAAUAUAAAAAGGAAUAACAUGCGUAGAAAACAGCGAUAGAACAUGUACAGCACUAAGGUUAAAUUAAUUCAUCAGAUUAAACUACAUAUUCAUCGGUUCAUAGAGCGAUACUCGUUUUUCAUGCUCAGAAAAAAUGUAAAGGGAACCAUUUUUUUUAAAGAGAAAUAAAAGUCUAUAUUGAUAAUCGUAUUGAAACCUGAUCAGCAUGCAGCGUAGUGAAUUGCGAUUAACAUUUUAAGUUCGAGUCUCCCGGGAAUCGAGUUGGCUCGAGGAUGGUUUCAAUCUGAAAGUUGUAGCAAUUAUUUAUCAAUCGUCAAAACCCACCGUUACAAUGCGAACCAACUUCACAUCGAGAAAAGGAGCUGACGUUGCUCGGUGUGUAGAAAUGUUUGCUUCGUGCAGGCUCACUGUUGAAUGUAAUAUCCUGUGCAAGGUCCACUGAGCCCCAAACCUUCUUUAGGAUAUUCGUCGCAUGUGGCCCGAAUACACCAUUACGGUUAUUAUGUUGAUUUAAGGAAACUGCUGGAAGGAAAAGGUUAUGCGACCCGCCACACUUUUAGCUUUGCGUUUAGAUCGUAACGAUUCUGGACCAAAGUAAUGUGAGACCGGUAUACUUAUGUGCGCGCACUUCGAAACCCGUAGCAUCGUUCCAUUUCAAUUAUUUUCUGUAUUAAGUUACGAGAAUAAUGUUUAUUAUCAUUUUUUUAAUUCAAAGUAAUUGCUACAACUUCAGAAACUUAACGAUAAGAAUCCGUGAUAAUUGAUCUAUUACUCAUCGAAGUAUAUAUUCAAAUAUCAUUCAAGUUACAUAUAGCUUUGAAAGGUUGAAAUGACCUAAUGUCAAUCGUACAAAAACAGAAACCAAAUUGUCACGUAACUAUCAAGAAUUUGUUUAACUAGUUGCGUACGUUGUAGGACCAAAUGCAAAGCGGCACAACAAUGGCAUAAGAAAUGUAAAAGGCACAUCCAAAUGCAAAAAAUGAAUGGAUGUGCUUGUUAGAGCUUAUGUAAUGUGUAAACCUAGAAACUAAGCAAAACAAAAAAAAAAGAAAAUAAUCAAGAGAAAUCCUAACAAAAAUCGAUUCCAAUUAGUGAAAAACGAAUUUAAAACGACGAACGUAUUUUGCAUUUAACAGAGUAGUGCGAUUUUGUGACAAAUAUAGUCAAAA